AUGAGGCUCGAGCAGCCGCGGUCGAGGGUUGGCGGGCUGGCGGGCGUGUGCUGGGUGGACGGCGCAACAGGAGCAAGGGAGCCAGGGGAUGCCAGGCGGACCGGACCCAGCGACACUUGUUCCCCUAUCGAGCCAAAGCCGCACGUCUGGGUGGGCCGCGAGCAGCAACACGGCCACGGGCUAGUCGAUGUCAAAAAAAGGGUUCAAAUAUCGCCUACGCAGCCUACAGCGGGAGGGUUCCGGGCGAGGGCGAGGGCUGGUGCGUGUGUGCUUGGGUUGCAAAAGUCUCGCUGA